UUGCAGCAGAAGCAGAGCUUCUGAAAUGAAUGGUGUUCACAGGGUGAGAAAGCGAUCCAUGCCCAUUCAAGGUGUUAAUCAUUUAAGCCUUAGAUCAGUAUGUCCGCGCAUGAAGAUGGGCAGUCAGACAAGCUCUGUAUCUCCUGGUGAAGUCACAGAGAAGCAUGGAACUUGGAAUGAUGUCACAAUGAGUGCUCAGAACCAAAGAAGAAAAUGAUAGUCACCCUGACGCUGUGGUGCCCGGCCCACCAGCUCUACCAAUUGUGAAGGUUUUAAGAACUUGCUUCCUGAUGAGUCUUCUCUGAAAGUGAAAAGCUGCAGCAGUAAGAACACCUGAUGACUAUCACAAAGAGGGAGAGUUACUUCUAAGACUAAGGACACCACCUUAGGCGGAGAGACCUCUAUGGGAGGACACGUGGCACAGAUCAUGAAAACAUGGAAACUCGAUAUCAUGAGUAUGCAGAAGCAAAAUGGUUUUUGUCAAAUAUUCAGGAUGAAUUUAGAGGUGGAAAAAUCAGCGUUGAAAAUACUUACAAACUGCUUGAAAAACUUAAUAUUCCAUGCAGCUUUUCUCAUGUGAAGAAUGUUUUUAAGGAAAAUGACAUACAGAGACAAGGGAAAAUCACCAUAGAAGAGUUUAGAGCCAUUUAUCGGUGUAUCGCCCACAGAGAAGAAAUUAUUGAGAUUUUCAACACGUAUUCUGAAAACCGGAAAAUUCUUUCUGAAAAAAGUCUGACUGAAUUUUUAACUCGAGAGCAGUAUGAACUGGAGUUAAAUUACUCCAUUUCAACCGAGAUCAUCCAAAAGUAUGAGCCCAUUGACGAAGUGAAGAAUAAAGGGCAGAUGUCCUUUGAAGGUUUUGCAAGAUAUAUGUCUUCACCAGAAUGUCUGCUAUUUAAAGAAAAGUGUAAAACAGUCUAUCAAGAUAUGAAUCAGCCGUUAAAUAAUUAUUUUAUUUCAUCUUCUCACAACACAUAUUUGAUAUCUGAUCAAUUAGUGGGAUCAAGUGACAUUUGGGGAUAUGUAAGUGCUCUUGUGAAAGGCUGCCGCUGUCUAGAAAUUGACUGCUGGGAUGGGGCACAAAAUGAACCUAUUGUGUACCACGGUUACACGUUGACCAGCAAGCUUCUCUUCAAAACUGUUAUCCAAGCAAUAAACAAGUACGCCUUCAUGUCAUCUGAGUAUCCAGUGGUGCUGUCCUUGGAGAACCACUGCUCCCCUGGCCAGCAGGAAGUGAUGGCUGACAUUCUGCAGAGUACCUUUGGAGACUUCCUGCUCUCCGAUAUGCUUGAUGAGUUUCCAGAUAGACUACCGUCUCCAGAGGCACUAAAAUUCAAAAUAUUAGUGAAAAAUAAAAAAAUAGGAACCUUAUUGGAAACCCGUGAGAGGAAGGGGACUAAAAAACAGGGCCAGGUGUUAGAGUUAGAAGAAGAGAUAUAUGAAGAUGAUGAUGGUGAAUUAAUAAGUGGACCAGAAACACAAGAUAUCUUUUUCUCACGGCUCCAGAAGGCAAAGGACAUAAGUCUCUCAAAGCUGACCGGAGGAGUACUUGCCACCAAAAAGAGCAGGAAGCUAAGAAUAGCUCUGGCCUUAUCUGAUCUUGUCAUUUAUACUAAAGCCGAGAAGUUCCGGAGCUUACAACAUUCAAGACUCUAUCAGCAAUUUAAUGAGAAUAAUUCUAUUGGGGAGUCUCGAGCUCGAAAACUUUCCAAAUUGAGAGCACAUGAAUUCAUUUUCCACACCAGGACAUUCAUUACCAGAGUUUACCCAAAACUUAUGAGAGCAGACUCUUCUAAUUUUAACCCUCAAGAGUUUUGGAAUGUAGGCUGUCAGAUGGUGGCCUUGAAUUUCCAAACCCCUGGACUGCCUAUGGAUUUGCAGAAUGGGAAAUUUUUGGAUAAUGGAGGCUCUGGAUACAUUUUGAAGCCAGACUUUCUAAGAGAUGCAACCCUGAGCUUUAACCCAAAUGAAACAACAGGAAAUGGCCGCCCAAUUACCCUCACAAUUCGACUCAUCAGUGGGAUCCAGUUGCCUGUCAGCUUGUUCCCUGGCAAAGACGACACAUUAGUGAUUGUGGAGGUGUACGGUGUUCCAAAUGACCACAUAAAACACCAGACUCGUGUUGUUAAGAAAAACGCUUUUAGUCCGAGGUGGAAUGAAACGUUUACAUUUGUUAUUCAAGUGCCAGAACUAGCACUGAUACGUUUUGUUGUUGAAAAUCAAGGCUUUAUAACAGGAAAUGAAUUUCUUGGGCAGUACACUUUACCAGUUCUUUGCAUGAACAAAGGUUAUCGUCGUGUUCCUCUGUUUUCUAAAGCAGGUGCAAACCUUGAGCCUUCUUCACUGUUCAUUUACGUUUGGUACAUCAGAGAGUGACUAAAUGUGCCUGACAUGUUAGCUACACAUCACAAUAAACAGUCCAAAGGAA